AUGACUGACGUCAAAGCAGCUCUUAGUCCAUAUCCUAUAGUAUCGUGUAUCACACGUGAUAUUUUCCUGGUGCCUGAAUGCCUCCAUCAUGCCUUACAUCUCAGGCAGGUUCCCCGCAUCACCUGGCCCGAUCAGGCAAGGGUCUCCUCUUUCUCCGCAUUCCCCCAAGCUUUCUUUGGAUUUCCAGUCUAUCGGCCAAUUGACAGCUACCCUUGCCCUCUGUUGAUUGGUAAGCUUGAGGUUAUGAUGAAGUCGCGGACAACACAGUCAAGUCCUGUGCAAGGUGCAGAGGCAGCGGCGAUACACCAUGCAAAUCUUGCAAAUGGACUGGAGCAUCGUGCAACCGUGUCGCCUUGGUGCUUCGUUUUCGACCGACGACUCGUCCAAAACAGGCAUACGAUUUUUCAUCUGAUCACACAUGGGUUGGCUCCAGCAGCAAGUGUUAGUCGGUUGACGUAUGUCGACAUGACUCCACGCGUGAAACAGGUUCAUACGCGUCCCGAGGCAUCAACAACUCCGACAAUAAAUUCACGCACUAUUGAGGGCGGAGAAAAACCUACUGCUCAUGGUAGUUUGAGUACCAGUUCUUGCCAGCAAGACGAAUGUCGAAAUAAUCUUCAUGGCUCUGGCCCCGAGGCGAGCAGUCCCCAACAAGAGGAUCCCAAGUCGCCCACUACGCCAGUCCUAGCGGACACCAGUAACUUAGGAGUAGCAAAUGAACCUCACAAGGCGUUUCCCGAUCCAGCUGGUGAAUUUGAACGGGCCGAUAUCCACUGGGCCAUUACAUGGCUUGCCCGACACCGAAUCAGUCACUGCCUAUCUCAGCUGAGAGGAGUCCUGCUUGAUUCGACACUUUACGGAAAACCUUGCUCAGUAGGUAGUAUUUGCAUUUCGUACUUGCUUGAGAUAUCGAAUGACCCCCGUGAGGAAUAUAAUGAGGAUGUUCUGACGGCGACGACUAUUCUACGCUUCUACGAGCAAAUUGAGGGUACUUACCAUUUGAUACCCUUCAUUGCUGCUAUAAGGCUGAGUGAUGAUUAA